CUGAAAUUUCCUGUAGCCGUUUAAUACAAGAAUUACUAAUCACUAGCUCCGCAUCGCCUGAAGGAGGCUUUGAAUCUUCAGAGGCGAUCUUCGGGUUAACAUCAGUUUUCAUCGUAGAUAAGUUUUGUAAUGCGUUACGCGUAAAUACAGAUAUUUGUCUAUAAAACAUUUCAUAUAAUUGAAAUACAGUUGCAAUUAACCUUCUUUUUACCUGUGUCGCAUAGGACUAAUCCAGUUUCGUAAUACAAAAGCCAUUUGUUAAUCGUUCCACACUUGUAAAGUUUAUAUUUAUGAAUUAUACAGAUUUUUAAUUUCAAUUGUUAAUAAUUUCCUAUGUUAAACGAAAAUGAAGUCAAAACAAAACUUGCAUAAUCACACUGAACACCCUGCUUAACAACAGCUGUUUUAAUAAAGAAUCCAAACAAUAAAUAUUGAAUAAAGAGAAAACUAGAAGAAUUUUACAAUUUCGAAUAGCCUUGCUGACAUAUCCACGUGCAUGAAAUAUUUGAAAACAAAAUAAAGUUAGUAUUUAGUUCAUUAUAGUGAAUAUAAAAAAUAAUUAAUUACAAAGAUGGCAAGAAGGCCUGAACAUUUGGCACCACCUGAGAUUUUCUACAAUGAUGAUGAAGCUAAAAAAUACUCUACCAACACACGGAUAAUAGAAAUUCAAAUUGAGAUGGCAGAGAGAGCCUAUGAAUUACUUACCCUAAAUGAAGAUGAGCAGUGUUUGAUACUGGAUAUUGGUUGUGGCUCUGGUCUAUCGGGAAGUGUGUUAGAGGACAAUGACCACAUUUGGGUUGGUGUUGACAUAUCUAAAUCAAUGUUAGACAUAGCUGUUGAACGUGAUGUAGCUGGAGAUCUUGUGUUGGCAGAUAUGGGAGACGGUAUGGCAUUCAGGCCUGGUACCUUCGAUGGCGCCAUAUCGAUAUCUGCCUUACAAUGGUUGUGUAAUGCGGAUAAAAGUACACAUAAACCCCAUAAAAGGUUAUAUAAAUUCUUUUCAACUUUAUUCUCCUGUUUGACACGUACAGCCCGUGCUGUAUUUCAAUUUUACCCGGAAAAUGCAGACCAAAUUGAAAUGGUCACCUCACAAGCCAUGAAAGCUGGAUUUUAUGGCGGCUUAGUGGUGGAUUAUCCCAAUUCUACCAAAGCAAAGAAGUAUUUUCUAGUAUUGAUGACGGGUGGUACUACACCGAUGCCAAAAGCGUUAGGAUCGGAGGAAGAAGAAAAACGAAUAAAUUAUAUUAAAAAGCGUGAUAUGUGUCGAGAAGCUCGAGGUAAACCGAUGAAGAAAUCAAGAGAGUGGAUAUUAGCUAAAAAAGAACGUAGGCGACGCCAGGGGCGUGACACCCGACCAGACACAAAAUAUACGGGAAGAAAACGUAGCGGAAAAUUUUAGUUCGAAAGAUCAAAAUAAUCUAUUAUUUAUAUUAUAAUUUACCUAAAUUAGCAACCCUUUCUUUACAAUUCUACGUUUAAAAUAAUAACAAAAUCUUCGAAACAUACAGUAAAAAAUUUUACAUUGCCACUUA